AUGGCGCUCUUCUCCGCCCGACAAAGAUCCAAGCCUCCCAACUACCUCCGCGACAUCAUCACCAUCCGUCUCAUCAACGCCUGGUGGCUCGCCACCUUCUUCCAGCCGGAUGAGUACUUUCAGUCUCUCGAGCCCGCCUGGCGCCUCGCCUUUGGACCCCAGAGCGGCGCCUGGAUGACCUGGGAAUGGCACCAUCAGCUGCGCUCCUCGCUCCAUCCCGCCCUCUUCUCCGCCGCCUACCUGCUCGCCGACAAGCUGUCGACGGUGAUGCCCCCCAGCAACCCCAUCCGCGCCGCCGUCGUCAUGGCCGCCCCCAGGACCCUGCAGGCCGUCAUCGCUGGCCUGGGCGACUGGUUCACCUGGCAGCUCGCCGCCAAGAUUUACGGAUCGGACAGCAUCGUCUCCUACUUCGCCCUCUUUCUGCAGAUAUUCAGCCCUUGGCAGUGGUACGUCUCCACGCGGACCUUUUCAAACUCUCUCGAGAUGACCCUCACCGCCAUGGCCCUCUACUACUGGCCCUGGAAUCUCCUGGCCGCCGCCGCACGGGCAAAGGAGAACCCCAAAGGACCGGACCCCCUGGGCAGCCUGUGGCGCCUCCGUCUGUCGCUGUGCCUUGCCGCCCUCGCCGCCGUCCUGCGGCCCACGAAUGUCUUGAUCUGGGCCACUGUCGUCGUCGUCGCCUUCACCAGGGUCACCCUGAAGGGACCUUCGCCCUUGACCUGGCCCGUCGCCUUGAAGCUAUGCAGGGAAGCCGUCGUUUGCGGAUCUGUCGUCCUCGCCUUGUCGGCUGCAUCCGACCGCCUCUACUUUGGCUUCUGGACAUUUCCGGCCUACAACUUCCUCCACUUCAACAUCUCCAAGUCUCUCGCCGUCUUCUACGGCCGCAAUCCCUGGCAUUACUACCUUGUGCAGGGCAUUCCCCUGCUCUGCACCACCAGCCUCCCCUUUGCUGUCGGCGGUCUGUGCAAGCCUUCCGCCCGCGAUCCGAACCAGUUCAACACCGCCAAGACAUUGUCCUACACCGUCUUCACCAUGGUCGCCGCCCUGUCGCUCAUAUCUCACAAGGAGGUCCGCUUCAUCUACCCCCUCCUCCCGAUUCUCAAUGUUCUCGCCGCCCCCUUUGCCGCCUCGUUCUUCUCAUCGCCGCCCCCUCCAACCGCCUCGUCCAAGUCGGCCGCCCCCCAAGCCCGCCUCCGUAACAAGCCAUAUCUCCUCGCCGCCCUCGGCAUCAACCUCUUGCUCGCCAGCUACCUCACCUUUUCGCACCAGCGUGCGCCCCUCGGCGUCCUGUCGUACCUCCGCCAGGAGUACGAGCGCAUACAUCCUGCCUCUGCCCAGCUCGCCCACGCCACUCGCCGAGCGCCCGAGACCGAGGAUGAGUUCUUCGCUCUCUUCCUCAUGCCCUGCCACUCGACGCCAUGGCGAUCCCAUCUCGUCUACCCCGGCCUCGGCGCCUAUGCUCUCACUUGCGAACCGCCCCUGCACACGCAGCCAAACACGGCCGAGAGAGAAGAGUACCGUGACGAGGCGGAUCGAUUCUACGACGACCCUAUCCGCUUCCUGACGACCGAGCUCUUUGCGCCUCAGAGAAAGAUGCGUAUCCCGCGCUACAUCAUCGGAUUUGAAGGCGUCGAGCCAUGGCUGCAUGAAUUUUUGGACACCCCAGCAGGCGUGGCCCUGGGAAUCAACAUGACGACGGUGUGGAGUGCCUCGAACGGCCUGUUCAGCGAAGACUGGCGUCGCGCGGGCAGAGUGCUCGUAUGGGACACGGGCGUCUACGAAAACGCCCCCCCGCCGCUUCUGAAGCGAAAGGUGGCGGUCCCGAGUUGA